UAAACUCUUUCGGUGUAUACAGUAGUAUUAACAUCUCCAAAUGAGCCAACAUUUGUUGUUGAUACCCUUCUCUGCAUUCAUUAAUCCCUUUAUCGUCACUUUCCUUCUCCUCGCCAGAAAGGCCAUAUCUGCAGAUGUAGAUCCUCGGUACUUGAGUUGCAGCAUCCCCCAAACCUGUGGCGAUGGCCAAAUUAUAUCCUUCCCAUUCUAUAUUCAAGACCAACAAGAAUCUUUCUGUGGUUACCCUGGAUUCAAUCUCGUUUGUCAUAAUAGCAGUCCAGUUCUCAGACUACGAGAUGAUAAUUAUAUUAUCCACCAAAUCGACUACAAAAACCAGAUUAUUCGUGUCUCAAACGCAGCGAUUUUCAAUAGAAGCACUGCGUGUAUUCUUGAUCGAUUGACAAACACAUCAAUACCCGAUGACCGGUUCAAUCUAUUAUCAAACCAGACAGAACUCUUUUUGCUCUCUCGUUGCAACUCAACACUGCUAAGAGGUAGUAAUAGUGAAUUUCUAAAGGACAAGGUUAAUUGUUCUGGUGAACCUGAAACUGGUCCAAUUUUUUCAAUGUUUGAUGGCGAUACUCUACUGGGUAGUGCAUCAGAGGUCUGUGAAGAAGCAUUGUUGUUGCCUGUGGAUGCGCAAAGAGGAGAGAAUGAAGGAAUUGAAAGGAUGCUAGAAAGAGGGUUCGUGCUGAAUUGGACAGCAAGUAAUUGCAGCAUAUGCGAAAGUAGCGGAGGCAAAUGUGGGUUUGAUUACGGCACCUACCAUCUUAGUUGUUUCUGCCCAGACCGACCUCAUGCUUGGAGCUGUGCAUCUGCUACUGCAACUGAAGGUGAGUUUUCUUUCCUCAAUGUCCACAUGAUUAGUGUUUCUCUCUCUCUCUCUCUCUCUCUUGCCCUCUUUCUUUCCACGAAAGAACAAGUUGGGAUUGAGGCUAGGAUUGGCAUUGGGUAA